UAAAGACAUGCAAAACUAAGCUGAUUUGUGAUGCGUAUAGUUUGAUUUAGCUUACACAUCCAAACUGUGGGGUGGGUUGAUUUUGACAUUUUUUAUCUACUUUGGCAGUAUCUUUCAUCCUUAUUCUUUCGGAUAACUGGUCAGCUCUCAAAUUUGAUCUUGUUAUCUAACGCUAAACUCCAUUUAAACUUUUUGAACCAAAACAUAUUGAAAUGUUGUUAUGAGAUAUUCAUCAAUAUAUGUCGUACAUCUUAUCUGGCAUUACUCGAAGGGCGAUGUAGGAACAAUAUCAUUAAUUUGUCUAUUUAUUUUCCAUAAAUUUGCUUUUGAACUCUGAAAUAUUUGUACACACUAAUCAUAGAAAAGUUCUAGAAUAUUAGUUGUGGUGUCAUGUGUUUAAUAGUAAAUUUUAUCUUAUAGUUUUUAUGUUAGUCCAUGACAUCUUGGUUAGUGAUGAUGCAGUUUGAAGUCUUUUCUUGUCCCCUUAAAUUAGAUCUUAUCAGCACUGUAUGGAAUAGAAUGGUGCACCGAGAGAUAGAGAUUGGAGAAAGCUGAAUGGGAACGAGAUGUUUCAUCUCAGAGUGUUCAAUCUCCUUCUAGAAACCUGAUAAGCAAAUGAAGCUAGCAAUAGUAGAAAGUAUUUUAUUCAUGUAGCUCACGUGAACGUUGGAGCUAAUGUAAAUAUGAGAAUGUUCCGGGGCUAUGCCACAACAGCGUCAGUGAGAGAAGGGCAUCUAAAAGUGUUGGAGGUCCUCAUCAAUGCUGGGGCAUCACAACUUGCAUGCGAGGAGGCUCUAAUGGAAGCAAGCUAUUUGGGCAGGGCCAGAUUUGUUGAAUUACUCAUGCAAUCCAACAUGAUUCGUCCUCAGGUUGCAGUUCAUGCCCUUGUCUCUGCCUGUUGCAGAGGCUUCGUUGAGGUUGUUGAUGUACUCAUCAAGCAUGGAGUGGAUGCCAAUGCAAUUGAUAGGACUUUGCUUCAAUCUUCAAAGCCAUUUCUUCAUGCUAAUGUCGAUUGCAAUGCAUUAUUUGCUGCUGUGGUCAGCAGGCAGAUUGAUGUUGUUAGAUUACUGUUGCAGGUUGGAGUAAGGCUUGACAUGAAGGUCAAACUGGGGGCUUGGUCCUGGGACACAGAUACAGGAGAAGAAUUUCGUGUAGGUGUUGGACUAGCUGAGGCCUAUCCAAUCACCUGGUGUGCCGUGGAGUAUUUUGAGUCCACUGGUGCUAUAUUGCAUAUGCUGCUCUGCCAUCUCUCACCUAAUAUCUUACACAUUGGGAGGAGUCUCUUGCACCAUGCUAUCAUCUGUAACAACGAAAGAGCUGUAAAUAUUCUUCUAAACAAUGGUGCUGAUACAGAAGUGACCGUGCAAACAACUGAAGAAACCAGUGAACGGGCUAUUCACAUUGUUGCACGGGUUGGAUCAUGCAACAUUCUUCAGUGCCUGAUUAAUGGUGGUUGUAACUUGGAUUCCCAGACAAAAUGUGGAGAUACAGCACUGAUGAUCUGCACAAGGCACAAACAUGAGAAGUGCCUUGGGGUCCUAGCAUCAGCAGGUGCUGAUUUGGGAAUGGUAAAUUCAUCUGACCAAUGUGCAACUUCAAUUGCAAACUUUGUUCAGUGGACUAAAGUCUACCAGAAAGUGAUAUUGGAUGUAAUCAGAGCAGGGAAGAUUGUUAGAUCAAGCAAUGCCGCUAGAUUCUCCGCAUUGUUAUUUGUAACUCGUGCAAAUGACAUGGAGGGUAUGAAGAAACUCAUUGAAAAUGGGAACAUAAAUCUGAAUGAGCAAAAUGCAAACGGAUUUUCUGCUGCUAUGAUAGCUGCUGUAGUGGGUAACGUGGAGGCUUUCAAGUUGCUUCUUUAUGCAGGAGCUGACGUGACUAGGCUUAAAAACAAAUAUGGUUUGACAGCACUGAACCUCGUUGAUGUGAGCCAAAACAGUGAAGCGUUCCACAAGGUGAUGCUUGAAUAUGCACUUAAAGGGGGAGGCGAUGGUUCAAUCGAGGCAAACCCUCUCCACCGUGCAGCUUGCUACGGAGACAUAAGUAUUGUUCACAAACUACUAAAAGAGGGUUAUGAAGUAAAUGCUUUUGAUGGUGAAGGAUAUACCCCUCUGAUGUUAGCAGCAAGAGGGUGCCGUGGUGAAAUGUGUGAGCUUUUGAUCUCAUAUGGAGCUGAAUGUGAUAUUCAGAAUGAGAGACAUGAGACAGCCCUUUCACUUUCCAGAGAAAAUGGUGCAGGAAAUGAUGCUGAACGUGUGAUUUUGGAUGAGCUAGCUAGAAAACUGGUCUUGGGUGGACAUCGUGUGAAGAAGCAUACGAAGUGUGGCAAAGGUUCACCUCAUGGUAAGUUCCUACAGAUGAUUGGUGCUGCUGGAAUCUUACGUUGGGGAAAAUCAAGUAAGAGAAAUGUGAUUUGUAAAGAGGCUGAGGUUGGGCCUAGUGUGAAAUUUCGAUGGAAUCGUAGGAGGAAGUUUGAUGUUGAGGAACCAGGAUUGUUCCACGUUGUUACUACAAAAGAUAAACAGGUACAUUUUGUGUGUGAAGGUGGGAUUGAAAUGGCUGAUUUGUGGGUAAGGGGGAUUCAAUUAGUAACUAGAGAAGCCAUUUCUGGUAGAAGAGCUCCUGAGGUUUGAAGGGACCAUGGCUAAAGAAAAACUUGGAGAAGGUUGUAUUGUAGAUGUACUUCUGUGUUCUAAAUGUAUAUCCAUUUCAGCUUUAAACAUAUAAUGUAAUGCCAUGUUAUCAGUGAAAAAUGAUAGAAAAGAUUUUGUUUUCUAAAUGUUAGAGUGUAAAGGAAGUGAAAAAUA